UGAUCAUAGUUGGCAUGUUACACAUGCAAUUGAAUACAUUUGACAGCAAUUAGGCUUGAAAUAUACAUAUUUACAAGUUAAUUGGAACAAUAAUGGCGCAACAAACAAUACAACACGUACCCACAGCUCGCAUAUUGCUACUCGGCGAGGCAGGUGUUGGUAAGUCGCAACUAACAGAUCUUUUGGCCAGAAGCGUUGACACGCCCACGCCCUCCAGCAGGAGCGUCGGCGACGUCUGGUGGAACGUGCAGGUACGCCUGCACGAGUAUCCAUCGAAUAAAGGCAUGCCGCCCACACCCGAGUGGACAUCGUCCUCAUCGCCCAGUUCCUCGUCGCACAGCUCCGAGCCCUGUGGCUCGUAUAAACAGUUUCGAAGCCGGGCAGCCAGCGCAUGUGAGAUGAUUCCAUAUUUUGUGGAAUUUUAUGAUAUAAAGAGCUCCAUGCGCAUGGCGCGCGAGCAUCGGAAUCGCCUAUACCGGAAUAUCGAUGGCAUUAUAUUAGUGUACGAUCUGUUAGACAUGCGCACACAUGAUAGCCUGCACGACUUGCUGUACCAUCCCUUGCGCCAGAUUUGCCGAUAUCGGCACAAGCGUCUGCGGCCCAUAUUAAGGCGUCGCCAUGUGCCCAUCCUAGUUGUGGGCACCAAAUUGGAUAUGUUGAAAACGCGCCGAUUGCGCCGCUCGGGCGGCAUUGCCAGCCAAUUGGGCACAGAGGAGAUAUUGCUCAAUUGCUUGGACACCGACAGCUUUGCCGAGAAAUCGCGCAACGAGGGCAAAUUACACAAAUUUCUCAACAAUGCCGUCGAUUUCAAACAAUUUUUUCCAGCUAGACGCUACUGAAUUUACAUGCUUUUAUC